GUCACGUCACGCGAGAAAGCACAGAAGCCCAGCGAGAAAAAAAAAAAAUCAACAAGAACAGUUACCUCCAAAUAAACCUCCGUGACAGUCCACAGACAUGACUAUUACACGGCUAACAGUCCCGAAGGAUUGCGUGGACAUAUAAAGGCUAUGAAUUCCUCUGAGCAUGAGGAAGUUUCAGAUGAAGCAAUGCUUGAGAAAGAACACAAGCAUAUCCAAGAUGUUAAGGAGGAGAUGGAGGACUUUGCAAUUGGUGAGCCACCUGAAGGACAUGGAGGACAAUCUCCUGGGUCGAAUGAAGCCACUAAACGGACAUCAGCAGAGAUGGACCCGAACACAAACCAGUCCACCAGCAACAAGAGAGCCAGAUUAUCUGGAGAGAUGAGGCGGCAUUUGGCAGAUGAAACCAGUAGACAUGAGCCUCUUUGCCUCACAACAACUGGAGAGAAGAGAGACUAUGUCCAGGAGAAAUCCAGAGUCUCCUACAGAAAACCUCUAUUCGGCAUCUCCCACAGGAUCUCGGAGAAGAGGAACACGCCGUGUCUGGAACAACAGGGCACUCAGGGCUCCAUGAAUCAGCUCAGCUUCAGCAGCAUCCUCUCAUCAAAGCUCCAGAGCUCAGAGGAAAAUGGUUCACUGGAGUCCUUGUCCAUCACAGACACACUAGGUCAGACUUCGACAGACUCUAGUCUUUAUCCGCUGAUCGAAAAAAUGUUUUUUAUUCUUAAUACUCUCAAUUCAAGCAUGACACAGCUGCACAGUAAAGUGGACUUGUUAACCCUUGAAGUCAUGCGGAUAAAGAAGCAGAUCAAUCCAACUGACAUGGUGACAGAGUUCCAGCCUCCUCCGGAGUAUCUGCUCACAAGCGAUGAACUGAAUCAGCUAAUGGAGCAGACAUCCAGUGCUGGGGAGCUUGGAUGUCGGCUGCUUGUGCACCUCUUCCCAGAACUGUUUAAAGCCAGGGAGUGCUCUCACGACUGCAUGGCAAGCAAGAGGACACUUGAGUCUCUACAUCUGCAGUUGAUCCGUAACUAUGUCGAGGUAUGCCACCCUUCAGUCAAGAACAACAACGUCUGGCAGGAAGAAUGCCUCCUUCAGAUUAACGACUUCUUUAAUCGCUUCUGGGCGCAGAGGGACAUGGACAGCGCUCGGCUGCUUAGGAAACAGACAUUCACAGGUGCCGGGAUAAAAGCAGAGCAUCCCCAGUCUUAUCGUUUUAUUAAUGAGCAGGGCCAGGAAGAACAUUUAAACUUAGAUAACCAGCAGAGUGGCCUGGCUGUGUCAGACCUGGCUUUUAAUACUCAAGCCACAGAGGAGCUGGAUGAAUUCUCCUCCCCUGAGGACUUUGUUAUUUUUCUUAUGCAUCGUCUCUUCCCUGAGGUUUUUGAAGAAGGAAAAAUGCCAGAGGGCUGCAGCAGUUUCAGCAGUGUGGGACAGCUGAUAGUGGACUCUGACAAGAUGGAAAUAAUAAGAAAGUAUAUGGAGGCAAAUUUCCCUGAUGUGCCUGAGGAUAGCUGGCUGCAAGUGUGCAUUCAGCAUAUGGAGGAUGCACUUGAGGGUCCUCACAGUAAUGGAAAUGGGAGUGAACCUGACAAUAUCAAUGAUGAAGGCUAUGGCCUCACUAGCCUUUCUGAAGAUGUGUCUGUUAUCAAGGUUCCAGAGAUGGGGGAUUAUGAAAGGCCCAGCCGAAAAUCUAAAAAAUCCCUCCUGACUCCUGUGGAUUUUGACAAUCUGGAAAUUCCUCUGCCUGACUUUACUGUUCCCCAGGAGUACCUCUUAUCCAAGGAGCAGCUGAAGAACAACUAUGAUUGUAGCUUAUCCAUAGGGAACUUUGCCUCUCGGCUGCUGGUGCUUAUGUUUCCUGAGCUGUUCACCCACGAGAACACACGGAAGCAGUACAACUGCAGUGGUUCACUUGGCAAAAAACAGCUGGACCCUGUUCGUGUGAACCUGAUCCGUCAUUAUGUGCAGUUACUAUACCCUCGAGCCACAAAUGAUCGAGUGUGGAUGUUAGAAUUCGUUGGCAAACUUGAUGAGAGAUGCAGAAGACGUGACACAGAGCAAAGGAGGUCCUACUUACAGCAACGUAAAGUCUAUGGUCAGGAAUCAGAGCCAGACUUUCUUUGCCAGCUGAACCAGCUCAAUGCAGAUAACAUUAGGGAGGAUCCAGAUGCUCCCUCUUUACCACCAGAGAAAAGUAGCAAAGACUUCUGCAAGAUUCCCCUGGAUGAACUGUCUGUAUCUAAACCUGACUUCCCUGUACCAUCAGUCUACCUGCUCUCAGAUGCUGAGGUACGGGAAAUUGUCCAGCAGAGUCUUUCUGUUGGGAACUUUGCAGCCCGUCUGCUGGUGCGCCUCUUCCCUGAGCUCUUCACCCAGGAGAACCUGCGGCUGCAGUACAACCAUUCAGGAGCCUGCAACAAAAAGCAGCUUGACCCAGUGCGCCUCAGGCUGAUCCGUCACUAUGUGGAGGCGGUGUAUCCUGUGGAUAAGAUGGAGGAGGUGUGGCACUAUGAAUGUGUGCCAAGUAUUGAUGAACGCUGUCGGCGUCCCAAUCGCAAGAAGUGUGACAUUUUGAAGAAGGCCAAGAGGUCAAGCACUGUGUCCUAGUUACAUGACUUUGCAAUUAGGUAACACUUGUCAUAAAAUACAUUUGCACAGUAUAUAAGCUGAAAACACAAUGUUGAACUUUUACAAGCUGUCCUAUGUAGGAUGAAGCCAAGCUGUUACAAGUUUCAUUAUUCUAGGUCAUAUUUUAUCUUUUAACUACAGCAGUAGAUGUUGUAGUUUAUGUAGUCUUAUUGUUGCCUAAAGAGUGAAAUCAGCUUCUAUUUAUAAGCCAAAAUAGCUUAUCUAACAUACUUUGUUCAUAAAUGUUGUAGCCUUAAGAACAAUAAUAAUGAUAGUAGCUAAUAGUGAUAGAUUACACAUUUGCUAUAUGGAUAGAAAUGAAUCACAAGGAUGUGAUAUAUUUCCAUUGCAGUACAUGAUGUAGCAUUGUGCCACCACUGUUUAAAUAAUAAUGUGCUUAUGUUAAGCCUUCUUAUAGAAGUUUAUAUUAUAAAGACAAUUUAACAUGACAAUUGCUCAUGAUAACCUAUUUCUAAUAAAAUCACUAUUAUAAAUACAUUAUUG